UCCCUGCUUAAGCCCGAUCCCUCUUUCUUUUUUACGUUUUGUUUCGCUUAGGGUUUCAAGUUUUCAAACUUUCAGAGAAACAACGAAAGAGAAACAGGGUUCAAUUCUUGCGCUUGAGAUUUGAGAAGAAGAAUUCAAGUUUAAAACAGAGAUUUAAUGCCGGUGACUCCAGUCCAGUGAUUAACGCUGGCGACUGUAAUCCGUUUCUGAGUUUUUCACAUUAACGUCGGCGGCUGUAAGCAACUAAGCAUUGGGUGAUUCAAACAGUCCGUAGAUCACAUCUUAUCUGCAAAACAAAAGUAAUAAUAGCGAAAAGGAGAAGAAAAUGGCAUUCAGAUCAAAGGAGAUGUUCAAGAAGAUAAUUAGGAAGGUUGGGGAAGAGAACCUGGUCCCAGGUGUGAAGGAAUCACUGAAGAAAUGUCUCCCAGACAGUAAGGUGGUGAUGAGUAGAGCGAAGAGAGGAAUCUAUGCUGGUCGUCACAUCCAGUUUGGUAACCAGGUCAGCGAAGAUGGUGGCAACAAGACAAGGCGCACUUGGAAGCCCAAUGUACAGGAGAAACGGCUUUUCAGCUACAUCCUUGAUCGACAUAUUCGCGUUAAGGUUACUACUCAUGCUCUUAGGUGCAUAGACAAGGCAGGUGGAAUUGACGAGUACCUGCUUAAGACCCCCUACCAUAAGAUGGACACAGAAAUGGGUUUGUUCUGGAAAGCGAAAAUUGAGAAGAUGUAUGAAGAGCUUGGAGAGAUGGAUGUAGUUUUCUUCUCACCAGAAGAUGAGGCCAAGUUUGAGCAGGGUUUCAAGGACUUAAAAUUGGCUGAGAGGGUAGCACGAAGGGAAGCUAGAAGAAAGAAUUACACUUCUUCUGGAAAACAGAAGCAGAUAGAGUUAAGAGAAGCAGAUGCCAAAGUGGCUGAGAAAGAGUGUGCAAAGAUUCAGGAAGGAAACAAAGAUGUUAGACUGCCUGAGCUAGAGGCUUCCGGGAUUGAUGGAAGUCGAGAUGCCAAUACGCCUGAGCCAAUGGUUGCAAACUCUUGAUUCCUAAAUCACCGCUUUAGGCAUUGAAUCUAUGCUCUCACCUAGUUUUCCAUUUCUAGUGUUUGAGUUUUUGAGCGAACAUGGGGGCCUUUACGGUCAGCUGCUAGAUUGUGCAUGGCUAUGGAAUUUUGUUUCUCUAUAUGUUUAUUCAUAGGAGGUAAUUGAAGCUUUGUAUUGUGCAUGGCCAUCAUGCUAUUGAAUUUUGUUUUUGAGGAGAUAGGAUGGCGGUUCAACUGUCCGUUAAA